AUGCAGAAGCAAGAAAAAAGACGCGAACUGCGUUUGAAACGAUUUUGGCGUUCGCCCAAAACAACAUCAUCCGAGGAUUCUACUGGCUAUGAGAGCCCCACGCGUACCAAGCCCGCAAACGAUGCGCAACGCUUCAAUCAUUUGCAUUACACCAGCUUAGCGCAAAGUGCACCGGGGGGACCGGAAAAUGGCAGUGCCUACAGCAAACCGACGUGUUCGCUGCCGCUGCUGCAAGUGUGGCCUAGUCAGGAUUCCCCGCGUGGCGAGGCGGAUGGUCAGUCCUUCGUCUUCCCUGUCAUUGCUGAGACGAGUACCAGCAGCAGCAGCGGCGCCGGCAGCAGCAGUACGACUGGUGACAGCGGCGGCGCAUGCAGUUCCACCACCACUACCACAACGAGUGGCACUUCUGGCAUAUGCAACAAUCACAACAAUAGCACUAACCUAAAUCACAACAGCAACAAUGGCAAUCAUUUAACGCUCAGCAGUUCCGUCAUAGGCGAACGGCGUCGCAGCUCGCUUUACUGUGAUACUUUGCAUGCGGGCGACUCAGGCAUUGACUCGGUGCAGGCGUCGCCCUCGCCAAACGCACUGCCGCCGCCACCAGGUGUUUCGCUGCUCGGUGGCAGUCUAGGCAUUGGCAGCAGCUCCUGCAACGUUUCCCCCGCCACAACACCUACACAGGGCUCGCCAAAUCUUUCACUCGGUGGUGCGCGUGCAGGCGCACGUGCCAGCAUCAGUGUCGGUGUGGCGAAUUAUCGACGCAAAUCAAGCGCGUUACUGCAUCCCGAUCACGCGCGUCUGUUUGCGUUGCGCAUGAAACAUGCCGCCGCACUGGAACGCGCACAAACUUCGCCAGAUCAAACAUCCAUCGAAGACGCAACCGAGUUCCAUGACAAUGGACUUGCGACAAAUAUGCGUCUUUGCUCUGCAUCCUCGUCGACGACGUCGUCGCUGACCUCCGUUGCAGCGGUCAGCUUAGGCGGUGGGGUAGGAGCAAUCGGUGCUGCCGGCUCCUCCUCAUCCUCCGCCGCGGCUGUGGCAGCAUGUCUGGCUGCCGGCGCUGGUGCGGGUUCACAGCAGCGCGUCUCCGACCCAUGGCUGCAGCCGCAAUCGGAUCGUGAACGUGAUUCGCGGUACGAACGACGUCGUUCCUCGACAAUGACGGCGCGCUACUCACUUUUCGACGCACUGGAUCUCGAGUAUGUGCUGCUGCGUGCCGCUGCGCGUGGCUCGGUCGGUCCUUACUCGCUAAGUGAAUCCAUACACAAGCUGACAUUUACACAAUCGCUGGCAUUUCCGGCACUCGCGCGCGGUCUUGCCACAAAACGUAGACGUUCGCAUACGCGCACCAGUUCGCGUCCGUUAAAUCCAAACGAGUCGGGCCUGAAUACGUGCGCGAAAGUUAUUACUGCGGUAAUUUUGGUGGGCAUCUCGUUUAUGGUGUUUCUGAUUGUAUAUAAAUUUGUGCGGACGUGA